GAACCCUGGAAUUUAGUGGUGGCAUCAGGAAAUUCAGUGCCUUAGGCUAUUUGUGAGUCUCCUUUGAUCACACCCGGGAAGCCUGCAGGGAUGCCCAAUGUGGCAUCAUCCUCAUCUCCCUUUAGCAACCCAUGCCAACAGCCUGCCCACCCCUGAAAGAGCCAGGCCAGGAGUGGAAAAGAGAGAUGAGUACCUGUAGCUCACUGAGAAGGAUGAGGAGGUCUAGACAGACGUUCUUUAAUUUGUUCUGCAUCCUCUGUCUCCUGCUGAAGGCUGCCUCUUCCUCCUCUCUGCCCUAUGGAGAUGAGGCACCAGCUCCUUCACUGCCCUCUGGGCUGUACAAAGGGCACACCUGUGUGGGGUGUGUGCUGGUGGUGUCUGUAAUUGAACAGCUUGCACAGUGGCACAACAGUACAGUAAAGGCAGCCGUGGAGAGACUCUGCAACUACAUACCUGAAAAGCUCCAAGGCUUCUGUUAUGUCCUUGCUGAACUGUAUGGGCCAUACAUAGCUGAACUCAUAGACAGGAAAAUGAAUGCUGAUGUGGUCUGCCAUUCCCUGAAGCUGUGCAAACAGGAUCCAGGACAGCCUCUUUGUCAUCUCUACCCUCCUCCAAAGGUGGGGCUGACUGCUGCAAUAAGGAAAGCAAAAUGGAUUAUGAAGAAGUCCAAGAAUCUGAAAAGCUUCACAGCACUCUCAAGUGUGUGUGCCUUUCCUCUCCUGGCUGACCUGUGUGAGAAGAUUAAAUAUGUUAUCAGAAACAAAUUGCCAUUUGAAGAUUUUGAUGGAGACAAAUUCAGUACUUUCCCGACUUUGAGGGGCUACCACUGGCGAGGCAGAGACUGCGACGACAAGAACACGACCGUGUACCCCGGCAGGCGCCCUGACAACUGGGAUGUGAGCAGUGACUCUAACUGCAAUGGCAUAUGGGGCGUGGAUCCAAAAGAUGGAAUUCCCUAUGAGGAGAAAUUCUGCAAAGGUGCAGGCUCCCAGGGGGUCAUGCUGCUGGGAGACUCAGCCGGCGCUCACUUCCACAUCCCUCCCGAGUGGAUGACGGUCACGCAGAUGUCAGCGAAAUCCUUUGCCAAUCUGCCAGUGGCUUUCAGUGAUGAGCUUGACUGGCCCCAGUUCUCAGAGAUCACUGGAUUUCUCAACUCCACCAUCGGAGGCUGGACGGACUCUCUGUAUCUCCGUUUACGCAGGAGGAAUCGCUGCAAUCACAGAGACUUGCAGAACAUCUCCCAGAAUGCCCUAAAGUGUGGGACUCAGGUGAGAGGUAACAGGUCCCUGGAUCUGGCUUUGCUUCUUAGUGCCAGCACCCACAAAGGUUACAGAGGUGGUUCUUCAGGAAACCUCCUCUAUUUAAUAAAAAGCUUGGCCAGACACCAGCUGUUGGACAAUCCAGCCAUAGUCAUCUAUGCUACGAUUGGGAACGACGUCUGCAACGGGGAGCGUGACACCCUGGCUCACAUGACGAGGCCCAAGGAGAUGCUGUCCAACGUGCUGCAGGCGCUGCGGUACCUGGACUCGCGCCUGCCCAGCGGCAGCCACCUCAUCUUGACAGGCCUGGUGGAUGGGCGCUUCCUCUGGGACCACCUGCACGACAGGUACCACCCCCUAGGCCAGCUGAACAGGGAUGUUACCUACAGUCAAGUCUAUUCUUUCCUCGACUGCCUCCAGGUGAGCCCCUGCAGUGGUUGGCUGACUGCCAAUGAGACCCUCAGGAAUUUGACCUCAGAGAGAGCCUUACAACUUUCCAGUGUCCUGGAGGAAAUAGCAAGGUCUGAGAAGUUCACCAACUUUGAUGUUUUCUACAUGGAUUUCCCACUGAAACAGACUGCAGAGCAGUGGCGCAAGAUGGGAGGGCAGCCCUGGCAGCUGAUUGAACCAGUGGAUGGUUUCCACCCCAGCCAGCUCUCAAGCUACAAAGCCAGGUUCUUGCCAUGGAGCCUGGCUCCCUGCCUGCUCAAACACCCACAGGAGGGUUUCAGGAUCAGGGCAGCAAUGCAGCUCUGCAGACUCUCAAGAGGCCUUCUGCAGCACUGCCCUGCAGCCUCUGGGCUUUCUCUUCACAGGCUGGAGCAAAGCCUCCUUUUUUGAAGCUGUGCUUUAUGCUCUGCAGCUACACAUUAUGAUGUUCUCCCACCUGCUUGGGCUGCAGGGCCAGGUGGCAAAGGAAAGUUUAUAGUCAGAAAUAAAUGAAAGGGCAGGAGGAGCAUCUGCAGCUCCUUGCCUGGGAUGCAUAACCUGGUGUGAGUUUGCCUGGUUCCCACCAUACUCAUGCCCAGAUGGCUUUCCCUGGCUCUGCACAGGACCUGUUCUGCUGUCAGCUGCCAAUGGAGCCAACUGAUUUUUCUACACAUU